AUAUACAUACAGAAAAGAUGGCCACCACAGCCUCAUCCUCCGAUAUACCCAGUACCAAUGAACGCCAUUAUUAUGCAAAGCUUGAAGCCAUCAAAGAUAUACGAGACAAAACUUUAUCGCUGGAAAAGUUGAAGGUACGAAUAAUUCGUGAGGUGAAGCUAAGCGACGAUGAGGAAAAAUGUCUGGAAGAAUAUCGCAAAGAAUUGGAACAUUUGCUGGAGGAGAAAAUGUCUCAUGUGGAGGAGUUAAGACAAAUACAUGCCGACAUCAAUGACAUGGAGAAUAUCAUCAAACAGACAAAGGAUAAUCAGACACGCUCUGUGGACAUGGCCAAUCGCCACUAUGAAGAUUAUCUAGCACUGAAAUAUCAAAUCGACCACAUGCGGCGUGAAUAUUUAGGUCUGAGUCCAUUGCGCGAUUUACAUGAAGAAGAGGGCAGCCCAAUAUCGAAGGAUCGUUUUCAGAGUAAUUUCUUAAAGGUGGCAGCUCAAAAUGCAUCACAGUCUUCUUCGCUGGCCAGACCACACCCUAGACAUCCAUUGAUGUCAGAGUCGGCAGUAGCAGCACUGCCACCCUCUGCACCAAGUGGGGCGACAUCGGGGCCGCCACCACCCACAGGCGGUCAUGCGUUUAUGCCACCCGCCCCGCCAGGUACUGGCCAGAGUCCUGCAUCGGCUGUACGUCUUGGUAAAGGUGAUUUCUCAGCGCCUCCACCUCCUCCCCCGCCCUCGAGUCGUCUACAGCAAACACCGUCAAUUGGUUUGGGCCAUCACCCCACAUUUCGUUCAGAUUUCAAUGUGAAUUUGCGACAACAGCCACCGCCAAUGAAGUCCUGCCUAUCGUGUCAUCAACAAAUUCAUCGCAACGCUCCCAUUUGUCCAUUGUGCAAAGCUAAAUCGCGUUCACGUAAUCCCAAGAAGCCUAAAAAGAAAACCAAUUAAGGCG